AUGGAUGAUAUUGGGAAAGGCAAGAAGAUUUUUGUCCAGAAGUAUGCUCAGUGCCACAAGGUGGGAAAGGAAGGCAACUGUAAGACUAAACCAGAUCUCCAUGGUCUGCUUGGGAAGAAGACAGGUCAAGGCGCUGGAUUCUCUUACAUGGGUGCCAACAAGAGCAACAGCAUCACCAGGGAGAGGACACCUGGUGGCAUAUUUGGAGAAUCCCAAAAGUACAUCCCUGAAAUAGAAAUGAUGCCCUCUGGAAUUGAGAAGGGGAAAUGGCAGACCUGA